AUGCAGCAUAUGAUCGUUGGCAAGACCGCAAGUGGAGAGUGCCACGCCGCGGAUACUGAACAGGCAUCGGCAUGGCGUAAAGAUCGCUUGCCAGAAAUUAUGGAGACUUACAAGCCAUCCGACAUCUACAAUGCCGACGAAACAGGCCUGUUUUUUCAAAUGCUACCGAAAAACACUCUGGCGCUUAAGGGCGACUGCCAUGGUGGAAAACAAAGCAUGCUGCGUCUCACGGUUUUGCUCUGCACUAACAUGGAUGGCAGCGACAAGUGUGUCCCGCUUGUUAUUGGGAAAAGUGCACGACCACGAUCGUCCAAAAAUGCUGCAAGAAUCCCCAUAAAGUAUGUGGCGAACACUAAAGCGCGGAUGACGCGCAGCAUUUUCGUAGAAUGGCCGAACGAGCUCAACAACGACAUGAAGAGCCAGAGAAGAAAUGUGUGCCUGCUUGUAGACAAUUGUUCGGCGCACCACAUUCAGGGUCUGGAACUAAGCAAUGUGCAAGUGCACUUCUUUCCCGCAAACUGCACAUCGUUGAUUCAGCCUUUGGACCAAGGCAUAAUAAACGGUGAAAAGUUUGCGUAUCGGCGUUGCCUGAUCGACAGGCUCCUCCUAAACCUGAGGUUAAACUUGUCCACAAAAGUGGAAGCCUCCCAUGCGGUGGAGAUGUUGUCAGCUGUGUGGAAGUCAACAGGAGCGGUGAUCAUCGCGAACUGCUUUCGAAAGGCCGGGCUUGGCCUCUGCGAGCAGGAAACAGCAGCAGAAACUGGGACUGUGCAACCUGGGCUCGUUCAGGCGUGGUAA